CACUACACGUACGAUAUUUUCCCAGCUCUAUAAUGUAAUGGUAUUUGAGUUUUUUGGCCGUGUUUUUGUUUGGUGAGGUAAAUGAAAAUCAGCGAAAUCGCCCAGGAGUCGAGGCCAAUGGAACGGACGACCAAGUGACCAGUGCAGGCAAUUAGGAUACGCAGGAAAAUCGGAAUUAUCGGAGCGGGCAGCAGCAGCAGCAGCAGUAGCAGCACUUAGGGCAGAGACACAGCGACGACGCGACAACAAAGAGGAAACGCCAACGGGGAGGAAGGGGAAAAGCAUGAGCUGGAGCUGAGCUUGAAAUCGAAACUAAAACUGCAACUGCAACUGCGAGUGCCAGGAGUGCGGAGUGUGACGACGGCGGACAAUCAGAGAACGUGACGAAAAGUUGGGUAAUUGGAUUAGCAGCGAGGCAGUAACUUGAAGUGCAGCCCAUGAACUUCAGGUAUCCGGGCAGUUCCUCAUCAGAGACAGAAGUCAAGUCCUGCAGCCACCAACAGCAGCAUCUCCACGGCGAGGCAACUAACAUAAACAAGUCCGCAGACGCAGCAGCAUCAGCAGCAGCAACAGCAGUAGCAGACGGAGAUAACAACGGAUCCACUAUGAGCACUGUGUUCAUAAACUCUCGCAAGAGCCCCAAUGUGCUGAAAAAGCAGGGCACCGACCAGUGGGUCAAGCUGAAUGUGGGCGGCACCUACUUCCUCACCACAAAGACUACGCUCUCCCGCGACCCCAACUCCUUUCUGUCACGUCUGAUCCAGGAAGACUGUGACUUGAUAUCGGAUCGUGACGAAACUGGCGCCUAUUUGAUCGACAGGGAUCCCAAAUACUUUGCUCCAGUGCUGAACUACUUGCGGCACGGCAAGCUGGUACUAGAUGGCGUCUCUGAGGAGGGAGUGCUCGAGGAGGCCGAGUUCUACAAUGUGACACAAUUAAUAGCACUGCUGAAGGAGUGCAUCAGUCACAGGGAUCAGCGACCGCAAUCGGACAAGAAGCGGGUUUAUCGCGUCCUUCAGUGUCGGGAGCAAGAACUGACUCAGAUGAUCUCAACGCUUUCGGAUGGUUGGCGCUUCGAGCAACUGAUCAGUGUGGGUAUGCAGUACACCAACUAUGGGCCCUUCGAAAACAAUGAGUUCCUCUGCGUGGUCUCCAAAGAAUGUGGAACGACGGCCGGACGCGAACUGGAGCUGAACGACCGCGCCAAGGUCCUGCAGCAAAAAGGAUCACGAAUUCUUGGAAUUUAAAUACGCACAAUGUUCACAUAGAACUCCUAAGCAUUAUAUUUUAAACCUUUAACGAGAUCGAACUCACAUCAUCUACCAAUCAGAAUCAGAAACAGAACUCAUAUCCAAUCAGCUAACAAUAGAGACAACAGCAACAAUAAGAGCCGCCAAGGAAGCGCCACAUUAGCAACAGUAACUACAUCUUUAGGCCAUCAAAGGACUUCAGACCAGACUAGAUCAUACCAGACCAGCCACAGCCACCUUACCAAGUUCAUCCCAAGCAGCCGCAUUCAAAACAAGUUAACAGACAAAAGAAAAAAAAACUGAAAUUCGAUUUCAAAUGCGUUGUGCGCUUGCUCCUGUACUAUAGACUAUAGCACUGUAGAGAGCUAAUUUGUGGGCUGGAGUGCAUGUGUUCAACUCGAGUGGAACCAAAACUAUAAAAAUAACUCAAAAAAAAAAGAAACUAAGAAAAAAAAAUUAAGAAAAAAUUACAAACUAAGCUAGAACCACAACCAGCCAACCGUGCUUUGUUGAGCGCCUCUGCUUUUGAGCUCCGCGAGAGCACAGUUCUCAGGUCCUGAACGGAUCUCUCUUGCGUACAAUAAGGUAGGAAUUAUGCACAAUUUAGCGGAUGUUUGUAGGGUUAGGUCUUAGUAGUUUUUUUAUAGUGCUUACAAUAACAACACCGACUAUUUGGCCGCUGGGCAGUCGCGUCCUUGGUUAAGCAAUUUAAUUUCAUAACUCUACUCUAAGUUGGAGCUGCAUUUACAUGUCAGACUUGGAUGCUCCCCAUAACCGUAGAGCCGUAGUGCCGUAUCUCCAGGACUAGCUAUUCGUUCAUGUAGUGAUCCACCAUAAGGAGAAGGCAUUAGGCUGCAAUCGAAUAGUUGAUCCUGGAGGAUAAGAAUCGUUCCGCGUUUUGUACGCCCCGGCUACUACCUUUUGAGCUUUAUUUAAGUGAAAAUACAAAAAUAAAUAAUAAAUUAAAAGCAAAGAAAGCAAAACAAAAUGAUAUCCACUAAUGAAUUACGACUGAAUUUAUGUGAACUUGCACUCAAAAAUAUGAAAAAAAAAAAAACAAAAAACAAAAAAACUUGAAAAUUUGAUAGUGAAGAGAAAUGUUAAUUAAUAUAAAAGGCGAAAACAAAAAGCAAAUAAUACAAAACCCUAUCCGGCGACGUUAUGUUCAGACAGGCAUAUAAUAUAAUAUGAUAAGUACAUUAAUGUAUAUAAUUUUAAAUACAUAGAUACUAAUUUAUACACAAGAAAACAAAAACAAAAAUUUGAUAACAAUUCAAGGAAAAAAAAACGUCGCCACCUACUCGAACCCAUUUUGAAUUAUUUUAUGAGAAACGUAAGGUGCGUGCUGAUUAUUUAGAGAAUAACUUAAAAUUAUGCUAACGUGAAUUUUUGGUUCACGCAGCUCCCGGUUAAUGCCGUAAAUAUAUAUAUAUAUACCCGGAUCCGGCAAAACAGCAAUACCAGAAUGGCGCAACUGCUUUAAAAUAUAUACAGACGCAGAUACAGAUACAGAAUAUGGGUAAAGCUAUAUAUAUAUAUAUAUAUAUAUAUACAUGCAGAUAUUCAAAAACGAUAAUACGAUAAUCCUAAUGUAAACCUCCCAAUAAUAUUGUACUCACCCUUGCCUUACCUAACCCUUUCCACAUAUUAAGAAAAUAAAACUCUUCACACGUUUACCCACGUUUCUGCAGAUAGGUGUCUCGCCAUAUCCUGAUCCCGGGACCGUGCACCUGUCCUCGAUAAUCCACUCACUCACUCAAACUAAUAAUAAUACAUUUAAGAUCAAACUAAUAAACAUGACAAAAUCUGACCAAAAUCUGGAAACUUUUUUUCAAAAUUUCAAACUUGCAAAAUUCAAAUUAUACCAUUAACUUUAUUUUAAACCA